GACUAGUGGCCGCCAUAUUGCAUUAGUAUGGUGGCAAGGGAUCAUUUACUAAUGCCUAAUUUGUAAUUUUAUAAAUGUCUAAAAUAAUUAUGUACUCAAAAUUGUUGGUGUCUGUUUAUUCCUAAGUUUGUUUACGUUUUGAGUUUGGUUUCAAUUCAUAAUAAGUGUAUAGUGUACAUUAAAAGUAUAUAAAUUUGUUCUGGGUUCCACCAUUGAAAUAACCAAGUAGUGGCCGAGUACCAGAAAAGGUUCACCGACAGCGCAUUGCAGACUGGAGUAGGUUUACUCACAUGGAAUGUAGAUUCAUAUCACUAUGAAUGGCAUAAUAAAUUGUACUAUGGAAAAUCCGAUAGACACCUCUGUCUCGAACCCUUCAGACAAUUUACAAAAUAACAAGGAACCUGCAUCUGAAGGCUGUGAUAAUGCAAGCAAUGUCUGUGAAAAUAGCAAUCAUACUGAGGACAGUAAUCACUUAGACAGUGAAAGCAGCCAAGGAGGUACAGCUAACAGUACCGAAGAAGAUAUAGAGAUUGACAAUAGUAAUUGCAGUGAAAGUCAAGAUGUUGAACUCGAAUUGGCCACAGAUGUGCAUGAUCUGGCAGAUCAGGAUGGUGAAAUUGAUAACGAUAAUAUAAUUUUUAUGGAUAGUAAUUGUGGCAACAGUAAUGAAUCAUACCCAGACUCAUUGACAGGCUGCCAUGUCAAAUCUGAUGUUAAUGAUGAUUUGCUGCGUAAACUAAUGAUACAAAAAAAUAAAGAAGCUGAAGCAGCAAGAGCUAUGGGUAAAAACACCACUAGCAUCACACGCAUUACUGAAAUUACUCCAGAAGAGAAUUCUGAUACUAUGCUCGACUCAGAAGUUGACUCUUCAGAUGAUGAAAUAUAUGAUUGCGAAACUAGGGCAGAAGACACAGUAAGUAUUAAUUCUGAUAGUGAACCAGAAAGAAUAGAUGAUUACCCAGAAGGGGGUGUAAUUAAAAUAAAAAAUAAGAAUAAUGUAAUAGUAUUAGCAAAUGAAGAUUCUCCCAGUCAAAAUGGAAACUCACAUGGUUCACCAAGUCCAGAAGUUCAAGAAAUUGAAAGUGAUAAUGAUGACUGUCUUGUGGAAGAAGAAAAACCUAAUAGUGAUAACAAAGUACAACUGCGCCGUAGUAGUAGAGCUAUUAAGCGUAAAAAAUAUAACGACGAAGUCGAAAAUGGUGGACAUAUGUCUGACUUAGAUGAAGUUGCACCAGAAACCAUACACCGCAAAAAUAAGCCGAUUGUUAUUAAUGAUACUAAGGCUUUAGUUGAAAUGGCAGCCAGGCAGAUGAAAUUAAAUCAAAAUAAUAAUCAGAAGAAGGAACCAACUGUUGUUAUCAUAGACACUAAUGCCUCACAUUCUGAAAAAACUUCAGCACCACCUAAACCUACUGGGUUGCCAAUAAGUUCUAGUUUAAGUGCACAAAGUUUAUAUCAAAGCAUUGUUGCCCGUGGGACAACAGUGACACCCGUUAGUAGCAAGUCGAGUGUGGCAGCACAGAGUUCAUCCCAACCUGCACAGACUUCUAUACUACCGUCUUUAACAGAUGAUAUGUUUGUAGUUGAAGCACCUUCAUUUAUUGUGCCCUAUGUUUAUGAAAAGCCUUCUGUAAAGCCCUUCAGAGAAUUUGUAGACCUGUUGGGUAAGGAGUUGGAUGACCAGAAAGCCAAAGAAGAAAAAGAAAAACAAAGUAAGGAUACAAAACAGAAACAAGAUAAAAAAGAAAAUGGUGAUGAGGGUGCUUCGGAAGAUUCUGAUCCUAAAAGUUCAUCGGCACAGUCUGAACAAGCUAAAGAAGUUGAUGACAAGAAGAAGAGGAAAAAAGAGAAACGGAAGAGAGGCGGCGAAGAAGACGAUGCUUCUUGGGAUGGUGACACAUUCACAGACUCAGAGGAUGAAAUCCUAAUGAGUGAUGAAGAAAAUAAGACUAUUAUUAUUAAAGAUAAAGUUGAUUCUAUUGAAGAGAUAAAAGAUGUUGCAGAUUUAACUGUAGAUAAGGUGUGCUCAAACAAAACUGAUAAUUAUUUCGACUGCUCCCUUGGAAAGUUUUUUAUUAAUAUUGGCUUAGGUCUUGUUCAGGAAUAUGUACAAAGUGAUUUAUUAAAACAACAGACACGAAAAUUAAAUCGUGAGAAGAAGACCGGACAUAACACUAAAAACACUGAAUCGUCUAUUGCUUCUUUAAUAAAGAAUAUUGAAUUCAGCAAAGAAAAUAAUGCGCCUUAUUCCUUUACACAAAAUAAAUGCGAAUUUUGUAGUUUUAAGACAGAAUCUAAGUUGGCAAUGGCCCAUCACUUGGAGACUCCUCAUAUGAAGAAUAAUGUUUACAAAUGUAACUUUUGUCCAUUCGAAAUACGAAGUCCUCAUGAUAUUUUGUAUCAUAUGGAAGCUGAGCAUAAUGUUAGAGGAAAGUUGGAGAGAGCACCCGCGUACCACCAGUGCGCUAACUGUCCUUUUGAGGACAACGGCAAGGGAAAAUUGGCACGUCAUCUAAUACCGUGUGCCAAGAAAUUCAAACCUGAAACUAAUUUGGCUCCACCGCUUGAAUGGGAACCUCCUGCUAAGAUACCAAAGAUAACGAGAUCCCGGAAUAAUAUGAUGGGUUCUUAUCAAAGCACAUUCAAUCGAAGUAAUAUGCAUAACAGUCAGGGGCGACAGUCUUCUAACAUGUCUAAUGCAAUGCCAGGUCUAAGUUCCUCAUACAGGCCACGGGGCCGGACCCCCAUGUCCGUGCCGCCACGUGCCAUGCCUGUCCAUGGCGUGCCCAUCUUGCGCGGCGGUGUGAUGGUCAGGCACAACGCACCCGUCCUUAUGUCCUCAAAUUAUCCUGCUGCAAAUAAUACUAAGCAGAAGUCAGUGCAUCAGCCAUCGAUUUCCAUUACACCUUUACCAAGACAACCACCACCUGUGCAGCUCCCACCUCCUGCCAUCAACUCGAAGAGUACUUUCGUUAUUUGUGAGAUUUGUGAUGGUUAUAUAAAGGACCUUGAACAGUUACGGAAUCACAUGCAGUGGAUACACAAAGUCAAGAUACAUCCUAAGAUGAUCUACAACAGACCACCACUUAACUGCCAAAAAUGUCAAUUUAGGUUUUUCACGGAUCAAGGUCUCGAGCGACAUUUACUGGGUUCCCACGGCCUCGUCACGAGUUCAAUGCAAGAGGCCGCCAAUAAAGGAAAAGAUGCGGGCAGGUGUCCCGUAUGUGGCAGGGUAUAUCAAUGGAAGUUACUGAAUCACGUGGCGCGAGACCACAACCUGACGUUGAAACCAGCUCAUCUAUCGUACAAAUGUACCGUAUGCACAGCUACAUUUGGAAUGUACAAACAGUUUGAGAAUCAUGUGUAUUCGGCCCACAGUGUUGUGGCCAAACGAGUCAUGGACAAAAGCAAGAGUUCUGUGCCUGCAAAGACUAAUAAUAGUGAUACUCUUUUGAAGCCAUUAAAAAUUAAUGAUGAGAUUACUAUAAUACCGCAGCCAGUGAAGGGAGCGGCUGAAGAUGAUGAUUAAGAAGUGAAGGUGGCAGAGGUCGCCGUAUCUUCGGGCUACGAGCUUGCCGGUGCCUUCGAGCCACGAUGUUACGGAGGGCAGAGCCCAUCGCCGGGCGUGGUGGGACACUUAGUACCAGUGUACAUUCCAACUUAGCCAAUAAAGCUUUAUAAAACGCUACCUAGAUUUAGACAUAAAAAUAUUACGUAUGGUAAUUAAAUGGCUAGUUUCGAACGAUUUUAAAUAUAAUACUUCACCUUGUUGUGGCAAUGUAGGUAUUUAGACUUCUAAAAGAGUAUCUUACACUGCCUUGGCUUUAAAAGCCAGUGAUAUAUUAUUUAUAUCAUAAAUUCGAUUACGGGAUGUAGACUUUCAAUUUGGUUUUAUACAAGUAAUUAUGUACGGUGGUUGUUUGUAAUUUUUGAUGUUGUAAAUUUUGGUAACAUUUAACGUAAUUUUAAUAAUAUGGAUUGUGAGGAAUGUACACCGGUUACGCAGAGAGAUAACUCACGUAAAUGCUAAAUAUACCUCAGCGAAUCUUAGAUUAUAUUGUAAUUUUAUGUAAGGUAUUAUAAUGCUAUGCCGUGAGGGGUAAGGUGGAAAUUAGAACUUGUAUUUGAUUUAUGCAGUAGUUGAAGUGUGGGAAGGUCACAGAAUGAUCUUAGCAGAUCAUGGCAAAUCAAAGGCCGCACGUAUCUAAAAACUGGCAGGUAAACGUAAAAAGUUUUAUUAGAAAACGCUCUUACCAUCCGGUAUGAGAGAAAAUUAGUGUUUAUGUUUAUUAUGAAGAAAUUGACAUUGAAAAUUAAUUUUGCUUGUAAUUUUUUUGUAUGAAAAACAUAACAAGAGUCUAGAGACGUAUUUAAAUUGAUAUGUUGUCAAUCCACAAGACGUGGUUGAUAUCAAACGCUAUACGAACUGAGAGGUUUGUACGUUAUACGAGCUCUACUAAGUUUACCGACUGUAACAAAUAUAAUUUAUAAACUGAUAGUCUACAUACUUUGUAAGUAGAUUUUGUCAAGCCUAGGUUGAGUGGGAGAAUGACUGUAGGGUUAUAGAAUAAUAGUAUUUGAGAGAAGUGGAAUGUUUUAACUGCAAGUCUGAAAGUCAUUGGUUUUACAAACACGUAUAAUUACCCUAUACAAUUAAAAGCAAUGAUCGGCUAGCUUUAUGUCAUUCAAUUACCAGAUUUAAAGAUUGCGAAGUUAAAUAGGUACGUUACAUAGAAAUUGAGAUUGAUUUGCGUCCUAUUGAUUUCAUUUGCGUAUAAUAUGUGAAAGUUGACAGGAAUGAACAGCGUUUUAAAUGAAAUUUACAAAGUUGUAAAACAGUAAAAAACAAAGAUCAAAGCUGACGAGAAUCUAAUAAACAAUUAUGUAUUUAGUUAUUUCCACACUUCUUUACAGAACAAUAUAUUUUACGUUAAUCUCCUAUCCAUAGACAUGGAAUUUUCAUUCCAAAAUAAGGGACCAACUUCGACACAGGUACAUAUUUUAUCAAAUAAAAUAAAAACAUGCAAAGUCAGACUAUAUGCCAAGCCUAUCGACUUCUAUUUUUAACCGACUUCAAAAAAAGGAGGAGGUUCUCAAGUCAACCGUAUUUUUUUUAUGUAUGUUAAUCCAUAUCUCCGGCAGUUAUAGACCGAUUUGAGAAAUUAUUUUUGUUGUUGAUAAAAAUCACAUACAGCACUUACUGUAAAGUGUGUGGUUGAAAGUAUAUCUUUUGAGUCAAGUCUAAGUCUAUGGGCUUCUGAUAUUAAAUUGCGUUUUUAUCAGAAAAUUAAGCAAACAUCUUACAGUUUUAUUCGAAAAUGUAAAUUUUUCAGAUUUCAUUCAUAAUGCUGUUCAUAAUAUUCUCCAAUUUACAAUUCUAUGCCAAUGAGUACAAUAUUGUGUUUCGAGCAGAGCCCUAUUUCUCAAAUUAUUUGUAAAGAGAAAGUUUACAUCUAAAUAAUAAUUGCCAAUAUUGCCAGUAAAUCCUGAAAACUAGAAUUUUCUACGUUAAGUUUUUAUUAUAGUUAUUUAUUGAAAUUUUGCGACCUACAAUUUCUAGUCCGGAAAUAGGUGUAGGGGCCGGGCUCUGCUCAGCGUUAGGCUACCCCGCCGUUCUUGGCGCAUACGAAGAUAUAGUAUGUGUUUUACAGAAUGUUGAGUUUUCUGUCUUUGCAAAGUUACGUUAUUGGUAAUUGAACCAAACAAAUGAUUAUAGAGCUAAGUUGACGAAGACUAAGUUAAAUGAUAAUUAAUUAAAAUAUUAUUAAGGGCCUGUAUCACAACGUCCGGUUAGGAAAUAGGGGAAUUUAAUAAAUUAAAAACUGAAAUAGGUGUGUAUAUUUAUUAUGAGAUUGUCAGAAGUAAACAGACUUUAAGAGUGCCGACAAAGGAUCAAACGUAGCGCCGGUAAAAAUUACAUCAAAGUUGCGAUAUAAGUAACAGAACGUGUAAUUUUUGGCUCGGUUUUACUAGUUCACAUAUUUUGCAAGCAUUUCGACCAAAAUAUAUGUUUCAGGGUAAAUUAAAUUUUUAAUCAGAUAUGAUAGUAGUAAUAGUAAUACACAUAGUAAGUUUCAUAUCACAUUUUGCGGAGUUUAGUAAUUAGAAAAUAUGCAAACGAGAUGGCAUGUGUCCCGCCUCCACGUAAUUAUCGGUGUCCGAUGCCGUCUUACGUGUUAUCUCUGAUUAGUACUGUGGCAUAAUAGUUCAUACAACUUUUAUCACGACUGUUAGGAACCAUCAACACGACUCUAUUGAAUUGGCGCACAGUAAGGUAAUUAAGAGAAUAAAUGUGAUUAAAAUAGGAAGAUUGCCUAUGCUGCAUAUAGUUACGAUAUAUUAAAAACAACUUGUGUUGUUUUUCAUAGAUCUUAUAAAUAUUGAGAUGUUUUAUUUACAUAAAGAUAUUAAUACUUAAAUAUAUAGCUUACUAAACAAUCAUUAUAUUUACCAAGAGUUUAGUUUGGUGCAAUAGAUAUCUAUAUUUCGUAGAAUGUUACCUGGGCUAGUAUUAUAAGCCGGCUCUACACUUACGGCGUGAACCCGCAAUAGUACGCGACAACAGUGAAUCACAAUUAAUGUAGAUGUUGUUCAGUCCUCGUCCCACCUAGCGCCGUCUGCGACCAGUGUCGGUUUUUUGGCUCGCGACAAAAGGUUUGCGGUACGUGAACGUGAAUGCAUCCCCACUUAGUUUUUCGUAGUAGCGUUAGGCAGACCUACUUCGAAAAAUCGAAUUUCAAAGUACCGUUCUUUAUUUUUGACCACAGAACAUAAAUGAUUGAAGUAGAUUUUCAACAAAAAAGUGGAUUAAAUUGCAACAGAAAUCAUGUCGUCGUCGACGCGAAAAUGACUGAAUUUUUGCUAGUAGAGAGGUACACAGUUCAAGCGCGGAUCGCGGCACGACUUCAUGCUUGAGUGCAGAGCCAGCAGUAGUUGCGAAGCCCGUCGCUUUGUUACAUUAUGUGGUUAGGUCCAAUAUUGAUAGGAGGAUAAUAUAUGCUACUGUUUGACGAAUAUUGAUAUUAUCUGCAAUCGCGUUGCAAUAUAAAAUAUUCUUAGUAAAUGUUUCAAUAUUUCAUAAAUAUGAUUAGACGGGUUUUUUGUUUAAUUACAAAUAUGUUUUUUUAAAUUUCCUCUUUUUCCAAAAAUAGGUAUUCUGUUAUCACUAAUGCAAAUGACAUUAAUUAAAGUCUAGUUUCCAGUAUCAAUAAAUAUUGAUACAGCGCUACCGUCUGAUAAUAUUUUACUGAGGGCUUAGUACGAGUUGGUUUUAUAUGUUUAACGUGAUCGAAGCGAUAGUGCGUUUGGCGCUCUCAUUGGUUGGUUCAUUUAAGCCGGCCAAUCAGAGCGCCGACCGCGUUCUCGUUUCGAUUUCGUUAAACGUGAAGCAAACUCGUACUAAUGGUGUACUGAAAUCUUCAUAUAAACUGACUGAUUUGAAAUUUGAAUGAAUUGUUUUUGUCAUUUUUUUUUUUGUAAUGAUUAUGACAUUUCAUUAUUUAUAUUUACCAUGUGACACAUGUUUUACAAAUUAUAUUAUUAUGUACCUUAAUAACACAAUUUCAAAUAUAUAAUAUAUAGUUUUUAAACUAUAUGGUGAAUCUACAUUGGCAAAGAUUUUCAUGCAAUAGCGAGUGAAUUUCAUUGAAGUAUUAUGAUUUUAAUUGAACUACCUAUAUAAUAAAUAAUAUUUAAUAUUCGCCAACGUGGAAUAGCCAUAGACAAACUAAUGAUGCUUAAAAUCGAAGGAGCCAUACGAUAUCAAGAGCCAGUUUUAAAACUACCAUAUGGGUACGUUCCUGAUAUAUUUAACUGGCAAAUGUAAUUAAUAUUAAUUCCGAUCCAUUUAAAAUGUUUUAGAUAAUAGCUAUCCAAAACCUUUUACGUUACCCGUACGACUUCCAAUUGUAAUGAAUAUCUUAUAAAAAUUACAGUUGUUUUUAUAGAACUUUGCCAUUAUUGAAAUAAACUUUGAUUAUGCAUAUUUUAUAACUGAAUUGAAUAACUUAUCUCAAUCUAAAAUCUGUAGAUUCAGGAAGAUUUUGGACAGUAAUAUGCAGUUUCUGUCAAAAAUCGAUCCUAAUCUAUAGAUUUCGGGUUGAGAUAGGUUAUCAAUUUCGGCCAUAAGUCGCAUUAUUUAGUCUAAUCAUUUGGUUGGAAAUAUUGGUUGGAGAUGCCUGGAAAGUUUACCAGGAUUGUUGAAAAUUUACACUUAUGUAGACUUUGGUUGGAAAUUGGAAAUAGCACGCCAGAAUCUACAAAACUGUAAAAUUUCAUCACGCCCGGAAAAUAUUUCAGGCACACUACACUAGCAAAUGAUCAGCUAAUUGUAAAUCUAAUUAUUAUUGUGAUUAUAUCAUUAUCAUUUGAAUAGCAAUAGCUGCUGUGUUAAUACAAAUAAGUUUAGACACAUAGCGUAAUAAUUAAUAUAUAUUAUACAAAGCCUAAAUUUCUUUUUAAUUGGGCUAUGUUGAUGAAUGUUUGUGUUUAGGAUGGGGCAUUCCUAAUGAAUGAAGAUUAUAUAUGAUUGUAAUAGUACCGGAGGUGCGUGGUAAAUAUUUAUUAUUUAAACUUAGGUUGUUAAACUAGCUUUUAGUUAAAUUGAGAGUAAAAUAAUAACUUAAAGAUUUAUUUUCUGCUAUUGUGUUUUCUUUUCGACCUAUGUGUUUCGAACUUGAGUGAUUGCGAGUAGUGGAACCUGAUUGAUUUCAUAAUACUUAAACGAAUACGAUCCAAAAGUUUUGUAUAAUUUUGUUAUCUUGUAAAUAACAGGUAUCAUUAAGUAUUUGUAAUAAAGAUACCUUACCAUUA